AUGACGGAGGAUGCAAACAAAAGAGUGAUUCGCUCCAUACAAAUGUGCUGUAUCAGCAGACGUAGACGAUUGCAACGCUGGCGCGAGGGGCCCGCGCUGCGCAGCAGUAGCUCUGUUCCGGGAACGGCGCGGGCAAAGCAAAGCCACGAUUAUCUGAACGUGCGCAAAACAACAGCUCCACAACCGGAACUGGUUGCAGUUGUAAAACGCGUGACGCGUUUAUGGGGCGGUAUUAGACGUUCAGAUAAGAUGUCCGCCCGAAGACUCUCAGACGCGGAGAGCUGCACGUCUUUCGGCGACCCUCGCCAGGGUUGCUUCGCUCGCUACAUCAACAUGGCGACAGCGCGCAAAUGUCUGCACACCUCCGGCGUACUGCUGCUGCUCCUACUGAUUGUUUUUCUGUGGCGAUCGGCGACAGCCUCACCCACUUGCAACUCUUACGGCUACUAUUGCUACAACGCCACUCAUUACGUAAACUGUAAAGCACCCACUGGGGUCGGUGGGAGCAGCAGGCCUGGAAAUGGAAUACCUCAAGUGUGUCCUCGAGCUGGAUUGUGUGCGGACAACAUCCCUGAACGGUGUCAAAGCGCCGAUACCAACUGCGGAACUAAUGAUCACGUGUGUCUCAACGCUACGCACUUCCAGUUUUGCGUGGAAACGUCGGUGGGGACCAUGCUGCGAAUGGGCAAUGUGGAGAGCUGCGGACCUUACAUGCAAUGUCGUGAGAAUGUACCUGUUAUCUGCGUAGAGACGCCCCCUUUAGCGGAAACUUUGCUGACAAAUGGGCGCAAAAAGCCUUGCAACGAGUUUGGAUAUAAAUGUCUCAAUUCUACACAUUAUAAGACGUGUGAAAACGAUGUGCCCACAGGUAUCAUUGAGCGCUGCCCGACAAACAAGCUGUGCUCCUCAAACCAUCCAGCAGUUUGUGCAGAACCAGUGACGAAACCUUGCGGGUCAAUGGGGCAUGUUUGCCUUAAUGACACUCACUUUCAGUCAUGUGUCGUCGAUUCCAAUGGUGCUCUUCAUACAACGGGACAAAUAGACAUAUGUCAUGGUGGAACAGUGUGUAAUGAGUCAUCCCCAUCUAUAUGUGAUUAUCCUAUUCUCGACAAAGACACGUUAUCAAAAGAUACUCCGGAAGAUUUUCAAAGUAAUUCCAAUUCGGAAAAUGAAUCCACAACAGAAUAUAAUACUUUAAUGGAAAUGCAUCUCACAACAGAGCCGUAUAUUUUAAAUAGCAGUACUAUUGAUAGUAAUGUUUCAAAAUCGAUGGAUGAAAUUACGGAGUCAGUAAUUAACAAUGGUGAAACCACCACCGGCAAUGCCGUUGAAAUAUCAAGCCAGAUUAAUAUAUCUUCAGAAAGGAAGUGA